GCAGCCCACAGCGGCGACACCGGCAGUUUCGGACGCUCCGUCACGCCAGAGCGACGGCGGCUAGCUACGCUGGACCCCCGAAGCCCACCGGAGAGAGAGAGAGAGAGAGAGGGGACGGGGCUACACGCAGGAACCAGGGGGGAACGGAGAGUGCGCGGGGGAGAGAGGGGCCGGGCCAGAGGGGGCGAAAAAAUACAGCAAGGGUAACCUAGAGCGGGAGAGAACCUCCCCCAGCCGGCUCUGCGGACCCGGACGGCCAAGGAGAGCAGGAGCGAGAGAGGGAGAAAAAGAGAGAGAGAGAGAAAGACGAGAAGGGGGGAAAUGCCUGCGGAAUGAAGAGGACUAGGCGAGCCCUGACCAUGCGCCCCUGGGGCGCGGCGGCCUGCGCGCUGCUCCUGCUGUUCGGGCUGCGGGCGCUGGCCGUCUGCCCGCACGCCUGCUCCUGCACGCGCAGCCACCGGGUGGCGGACUGCUCGGGCCGGGGCCUGGACCAGCUGCCGGACGGCCUGCAGCACAACGUCCGCACGCUCAACCUGUCUCGCAACCGCCUGCAGGACCUGGACGGGCUGCUGGGCCACCUCGCCCACCUGCGCACCCUGGACAUCUCCCGCAACCACCUGGCGCGCAUGCCCGCCGGGCUGCCCCGCGCCCUCUGGGAGAUCCUGGCGUCGGGCAACCGGCUGCGGAUGCUGGAGAAGAACGACACGGCCUACCAGUGGAACCUGCGGGCGCUGGACCUGUCGGCCAACCAGCUGGAGCGCGUGGUCUUCAUCAACAACACCCUGCCCGAUCUGCGCCUGCUCAACCUCAGCCACAACAAGUUCUGGACGGUGCCCACCAACAUGCCCUCCAACCUGGAGACCGUCGACCUCUCCCACAACUUCCUGGUGCAGAUCCUGCCCGGCUCGCUGGACCGGCUGCCCCGGCUCAGCCGCUUCUACCUGCACGGCAACCGCUUCUCGUCCGUCGGCGAGCCGGCCUUCGGUCGGCUGGAGGGCCUGCGGCUCAUCACGCUGGACGACAACCCGUGGGCGUGCGAGGACGAGGAGAACAUCACCGGCCUGCUGGCGUGGACGCAGCGGACCUCCGCCCGCGUGCUGGGCUGCCCCUGCCACACCCGCCACGUCUGCGGCGAGGCCCGCGCGGCCGCCACCGGGGCGUGGCGCUACGCGUCCUUCACCCGGAGCCCGCUGGAGGGCGAGGCGGCGGCGGGGCGCUGGUCCAAGCCGGCCGCGCCGGGGCUGCCGGACGAGGGCCCCUCCUUCCCCGGCGGCAACGGCACCUCCAACUUCUCCCUGCCGGCCAACCACCUCCUCUUCGGGGGUGGCGGCUUCUCCACCGUCGCCACGACGACCACCAGUGCGACGCCCCGGUCCAGGGCGGCCGAGAAGGCCAAGGCGGGAGGAGUCGGGAGCGCGAACGCCGGGCUCCGGACCCGCGUCCCGAACGCGAUCGGGCUGAACGUUCUACUGGCCACCGUCGUCUUCGGCGAGCUCUGAAGACCCCUCUCACCCCCCCCCACGGAACCAGGACCUCUCACCCUUUCACAACAAACGGCCCUUUCCACAGUAAAGGAAUGCUGUGGCUCUUCUCUCUUAUUUUAAAUGCCGUUCGAAUUGGAAAACGUGCCUACCGUGUGCAUCCUUUUCAGUCCCGAGCAAAACGACGAUCGCCAUGCGUUGAGCGUAGGAGUGUGGUAUGUGGCUCAACUGCGUAUACAACGAUCUACACCAGGGAUCAUCAACUCUGGCCCUCGAAUCCAAAUCCAGCCCUGGUUUUCUUCUCUCCCGGGUAAUUAGUGCUUACUGAUUGGCCAAACUGUCUUCACACCUUCACACCAGGCAAAGGGAGGGUGGAAAACCAGCAGUUCUCGGCCCUCGAGGACCGUGAGUUGCUGAUCCCUGCUCUAUACAAAUAGCUAGCAACGGAAAACAAUGUGCAGCAGCUACUGCUAUUUAAUCUGCCGGUGUGGCUGAAUGCUUUCUCUCUGUAUCUGUGUACCAUGCUUGUCCACUGUAGGAUCAUACGGCUGCAUUUUGUGAAAUAAGAACAAGCCAACAGGAAUCACUGUGUGAUUUUAAUAGUUUUAAUACACUGUAUAUGUGGGUGCUUCACAUAUUAAAAACAGGGCUGCCUGUUAUUUUUAUUUAUUUAUUGUUUUUUUUUUUUUGCCUGAAGGCCUCUUACACUAACUGAACUGAACACUGACAAAACCGCGGUUUGAACCGCACAGGGACUGGUCUCAUCGCCGUGGUUACCCGCCGCGCGGUUUGAUUUUUGCCGUCGGCGGCGGCGGCGCCGUUUCCGCUAGCGCGAGCGGCGGGCCUUCGGCUAGCAGGCCGCUCACGCACGCCUCAUCCCGGGAGCGCAGGCUCGUAAAAAAAGGGCACAACCCCGACUAAUAAAUACACCACAAAAUGGAAUUAAAAAAAAAAACCACUGACAUUUUUAAAAAGGUGGGCUGCAAAGGGCGAUGAAUCAGUAACACGCCUGCUGCGACAGACAGACAUACAGACGGUUUUUCUCUGGCUGGAAAGAGGUGAGAAAGCUUUAAAUGUCAGCUCUCGGUUCAACCCGAACUAAAAAAAAGUGAGGAAUUGCGCUCCCCGAACCCAUUAUGAGGUCUCCUCUCUGCCCUGGAGAAGGCAGAGCCAAAGUGUGAUGCUGCGGCUCCACCACCAGGUGGCACAAUGACUCAGCUGCCGGCACAGUACCGGUAAUAAAACUCAAAUGCUUUGUUCCCGUUUCUCCCUGUGCUCUUUUUCAAACGACGCUACACACAAAAGCAACCGGAAACGUGUGCGCAUGUCCAGCACACAAAAGGUGGUCAGAAGGUUCCAGGUUAGGUAUCUUGUUCAGGGGGACAAAACCAGUGUCCCACUUUGAGCACGCAAACUUCUGACCGUGAACCAGUUUCCCAACCAAAUGCACAUGCUGCAAAGGUAUCAAAUUUUGGGUUAAAGAGCAUUUGACUGUAAAUCACUCCAACGUUUAAAUCAGUGAAGGGAAGUGACACACAGCACUGUAACAAACUAUCCGUGAGAAAUGGAAUGCAUGAGAGUAAGUGCUGUUGUCAACAACAAGCAGAGGGAGAAAAAAUGCACUUCUUUUGUGAUGCUGAAAUGACAAGCCAAUCAGGAAGCCUGCCUUGAUGACAUCAGAGGGGAAUAAAAGCGUUAGAUGUGCUGAGGUGGGACUCAGUCUGGGCAGAGGAACUUGCUGUAUCACUCAUAUCAACUGAAACGCUUACACAGCCAGACAGGUCAGACACAAUGUCUCUGAAGGUGGCGACUGGCCUACUGCUGGUGGUUUUGAUGAUGACACCCUGGAUGGUGGAAUCUGCCACCACACCCGGAAAACCAGCACCGCCUACCGCAGCCAGAAGCACCACCUCAUCUGCGGCACCCCGCUGUGCCCUGUGGUCCUUGGGUCCCCUGGCGCUGGCCCUCGCCGCCGUGGCGCUCCAACACGCGGCACUCCGGUAAGCUCGGCAUCUGCUUCCUCACCCCACGACGGAGCCAACCCCCCACGACGGAGCCAACACCCCACGAUGGAGCCACCCCACGACGGAGCCAGCACCCCACGACGGAGCCAACACCCCACGACGGAGCCAACACCCCACGACGGAGCCAACCCCCGCGCGCGAUGUGCUUCCUUUCCUCCUUUAGCUUUAGCACACUUCGGGCCAGCCACCUUCCUGCGGCCGUGACAUCACCGGCCCCGCCUCAACUCAACUCCCAAACUCCCAGGACCCCACACGGACUUUCAGUCAAGAACCCAAAUAUUUAACAACGCAGGCAAAGUGCUAGACUGCCGUCCUAUGACUUCUUGUUUCUCCUUAACAUCAGAUUGUAUAGUGAGCUAUUUUUUUAAAGUUAGUUUAAGUUCUGCAUUUUGAAGACUACUGUUUUUCACCCUUCUGCAAAAAAAAAAAAAAACGGAAAAGUACAAUUAUAAAACCCCACAGGAUCGUUAUACAUUGACGGUAAAAUGAAAGUGAAAAGUAGCCGGGAAAUCCCCCGAGCACUUCCUGCAUUGAAAAGCUUCAUGCAGCUAGGCUGAAGCAGAGGGGCCUACCACAUCACACGUACUGAGAAGACAGUGCCACACUCCUCAAAGUAACUGAGGAGAUUGCUGUACUUCUUGCAGUUUUUCUAAUUAAACUUAUUUUCCUUGGCUCAAUCAAAUUUUUGGUUACAAAUGGCAACAGCAAGAAUUAGGGCAACCGUUUGAGACAAUUAAUGAUCGAAAAUGUAUAUGAAGUUCAGAUGACAUUAUUCCAAAUGUAAUGUAAUGACUGUACAUCCUAUUAUCUAUUUAGCCAAGGGCAAGUGUCUUAUCACUAUUCUGUUUUGACUCACUCUUUGGAUUAUUAAAUGCACUUGAUGGAGA